UUGCGUCACUGUAUGUGGGUGUGGGAGCAACUUUAGGAAACAAAGUGUCCAUCGCUUGAAAAAUAGUAGCUCGCCACACACUAAAACUUGUUCUCAAUUGGUCUAAUAUUUUCGAAAAAGCAAGCCUAAAGAGAUCAGCAGACGUUCAGAUCACUGACUUGGUCCUCGUUCAGCUCUCAGUAUGUCCGAGGGGGACUAUGAUUACCUCAUCAAGUUCCUCGCGCUGGGGGACUCUGGGGUGGGAAAGACCAGCUUCUUGUACCAGUACACGGACGGCAAAUUCAACUCCAAAUUCAUCACCACAGUGGGAAUAGACUUCAGAGAAAAACGAGUGGUGUACAAGUCCAGCGGUCCUGAGGGGACGGUCGGGAGAGGACAGAGGAUUCACAUCCAGCUCUGGGACACGGCCGGUCAGGAGAGGUUUCGGAGUUUGACCACCGCGUUCUUCAGGGACGCCAUGGGCUUCCUGUUGCUCUUUGACCUCACCAAUGAGCAGAGCUUCCUUAAUGUGCGGAACUGGAUGAGUCAGCUGCAGACGCACGCGUACUGCGAGAAUCCCGACGUCGUCUUGUGCGGAAACAAAUCAGACCUGGAGGACCAGCGCGCCGUGAAAACAGAGAGUGCGCGAGAACUGGCCGAGAAAUACGGUGUCCCGUACUUCGAGACGAGCGCUGCGAGCGGUGAGAACGUGAGUCGUGCCGUGGAGGUUCUGCUGGAUCUGAUCAUGAAGCGCAUGGAGAGAUGUGUGGACAAAUCCUGGAUCCCCGACGGGAUGGUUCGCACCAACGGACACAGCUCCAGCGACCUGGCAGAGCCACGUGACGCCGAGCAGAGCAAGUGCGGCUGCUAAUGCCACAAGAAUCCCUCCAGCCGCGGCUCUCUGAUCCUCUUCAUUAGCACCAGUACACAUCACGCUUGAACUGAGCAGAUGCUGAGGAUUAGAGACCCUGCGCUGCGUUAAAGACACAUGACAUUUUUUAUCAGAAUGGAUGGACUAAAGCCUCCUAAAUUCAAGUCUUCACGUUUUAAGAGCACUUUACACCAAGUCCUGCGUUUAGAAGCCUUAAUGCAUCAGAUAGGAUGUGUUUCAAGGGCUCGAAUCCUCUCACUGUGUGUUUCACUGUUAGUGCACAUCUGCUGUUAAACUAGACAUGCAUCAGUGCGUUAUUACUCUGAUCCUGACACGGUUCGGUGUUGAUUAUCUAAAUGAGAACCUCACAUUCAAUCACUGGAAAUUUGGAAAAAAAUGCAUGUUAUAAAAAAAAAAUAGAAAUUAAAAAAAAAAAUGUGUUUAAAAUAUAUAUUUAUAUAAUGCACAACCUGUAUCACUUUUUCGAAAAAAUUACAAAAAUUAAGAAAAGCAUCAUAUGGACUGGAAAUGAUGUCAUGGUUAGUAAUGAUGAAAGAAUUGUCAGAUAAAUAUUUUUUGGGAGACAUAAAAAAAUUAUAUAUAAUGUUAUAUAAUUAUGUAUAAUUUUUUUUUUUUUUACAUCAGUCCCCACCUUCUGUCACUUAAAAAUAAAUAACAUUAAGAAAAGCAUCAUAUGGUGUUGAAAUGGCCUGAAGGUUAGUAAUGAUGAGAGAUUUUUUUGGUGAUCUGUUCCUUUAAUAAUAAUUUGUGCUGUUGUCCUUCUCUAGUGGACUGAGGGUAAAUAGUGCUCACUUCUAUGCCACUUUUUUUUUUUUUUACAAGUUUUAACACUUUUAAAUGUGUUACUAUGUUAUCUGUAGUCAUGUAGAUGUCAGAGACCAAUUAAAGUUAAGUAUUUAGCUCU